AUGCAUGAAACAGACUCAGGUACGACCAAAGCGAAGGAAAAAAAGCAACAGCUUCUCUCUGUCUGUCUCUUAUUCUCUCUAGGCUCUCACUCUUUCUGUUGUGCCCUUUUUUUCUUGUCUUCUCUGGAUGCUUCCUCCUCCAGGGCUUGGUCAUUGACCCUCAAAAAGGUAACUCUCGAGCUUACCUGUUCUCUCCUGUUUUCACGUCCAAAGCCCAAAAAGAGCCCAAGAGAAGGAGAGAUUCUUCUUCGUCUUCUUUUUGCUUCCGGGGUGGCGACCGUAAAUGUCGGCUUGCUGGGCUGGCUUCUUCUGGCCCCCCUUGCUUUUUCCAACCUUUUGCUGGGAACUGGGCUUUCUACCUUUUUUUUUGUUAUUAUUUGCUUUUUCUCCUCUCUGCUUCUUCUCUCCUUCUUUUCAAACUCUGGAAACUCUGGAAAAGAGAGAGAGAGAGAGUUAAGGCUAGAAAGUGAUUAUUAUAUCGCUGCACAGCCAGCAGCGAAAGGGGGGGAGAACUGCUGCCCUGGCUACCGGUCGAGUCGCCGGCGCAUCCUCGCCCUGGUCCUCCUCAUCUCCAACUCGUCUGCCUUUUUUUUUUUUGUAAAUCUUCGUCCUGCAAAAAAAGAAGACGUCCCAUCCUUGCAGGCGGCAGAGGCAGGGCUCCGGGGUCAUACAAGGGGGGAGGGGGGGUCUCCUCCUGCGGUCUCUCAUGCUCUGGUCUGCGUCUCCUCGCUGUCUCGCUGGCUGCCCUCGUACCAAGUCGAUACAAGUUUAGUUUACCGCACUAGAAGAAAAAGCAACGAGGAAACCGCCGCCUUUCUUCGUCUUCCCGCCAACAACACCUCAACACCACAACACCACAACCAUCACAACUACACCUCAUACCAGAUACAACGACCUCCAGCAGCCGGCAGCCAGCAGCCAGCAUACAAGACGCUGGCCCUGGCCUCAUAUACUUGCAAGACGGACAGACUCAUGCGCCAGAAGCCUCGCCUCAGAGAGACCACUCAGAUACCAUCCGUAACCCUGGCCAGCACGGCCUCUCACGUCAGAAGCAAGGGGGAGGGGGAAGGGAAGGCCAGAGUGUGGAAAGAUAUCCGGUCCAGAGACACCAGCAGCCGGUCCACCAGCAACAACAACAACAAUAUCAACACCAACACUAAGAAGCCAACCAGCUGUACCACCAAGGGGAUGCCAUCCUGCGGCAGAGGCUCGCGCUACUCGACCAUCACCAUCACCCCGUCAACCUGGAAUCCAGGCUUCACGCCAGACUCGUCUGCCUACAGCUCGCCGGCGCCCUCGGUCCUCGACUCGGACGAGGAGAGGGUGAUGGACGGCUGGCACUUCUCGCGGCCGUCUAGUCUGGCGCUUCCAGGUGGCCCGCUGCUCUCCCGGCCCACGCUGGACGAUGUGCUCUCAAACACCGCAGCUCCUCCUUACACGCUCGCGGCCUUCAUGGCCUACCUCUCGCAGAACCACUGCCUCGAGACGCUCGAGUUCACCAUGGACUCCAAGCGCUAUGCUGAGACAUACAAUGCCGUCUCCCGCCAGCUAGGCGAAUUCCCCAUUCUCUCCGACUCCCCGCAAGCAGACCACCUUUGCAUGCUCUGGCAUAGGCUGCUAUCCGCCUAUGUCAUGCCGGGAUCUCCCAGGGAGAUCAACCUUCCAAGCGCCGUCAGGGAUGCCCUGCUGAGACACUCCAAUCUCAGAAGACCUCCGCCACCCGAGACGCUCGACGCUGCCGUCAAGCGAAUUCACGACCUCAUGGACGAGUCAAUCUUCAUUCCCUUUCUCAACAGUCACGCCUCGCCCCAGUCACAGCCGAGCUAUUCCCGAGAUGGCUCUCCUGAGGACCGUGAAGUCGGCCGUCACAAGUCGAUGCGCAAACGGCUAUCACCGCAGUCCUCCUUUGUCACCUCUCCUCGCUCCGCUGCUGCUCCCGGCGGUGGUUAUUUCUCAUACCAUUCUUCUUCAAACCCAUCUACUAGCCCUCCCUCUUCUCACCACACUUCCAUCUCCAGGACAACUACCACCAGCAGCCGCUCCUCUCCUUACGGCUAUGCCAGUGGUGACUCGGUCUCAGGCACUCUGACAGACGACUCCGGCAGCAGCCUGCCUUCAAGCCCCGGUGCAGGAGAUCCCAUGACUCCGCCCACAACCCCGCCGUCGAGUGACAUGCACCAUCCCCACCAUCAUCAUUCCAAGAGCCGACAAGACAAUGCCUGGAAGAAGAUGGGCAUGAAGCUUGGUUGGAAGAAGAAGUCUGGUGGCAGCAGCGCCAGUGGUCGUGGCUAUUCAACUACCUCAACCACCAGGGACACCCGAUAUCAAGAUGACAUGUAUUAA